AUGGACAUUGCCAAGCUGCUGAUUCCAAAACAAGAGACCAUGACACCACCCAGAUAUGAAGCGUCAAGGCUUGUCUCGUUGCCAUCACUCACGUCAGAAGCUCACCCACCACCACCAAGGCGCAGAGUGACUCUUGUCCGCAGCAAGCAGCAGCAGCAGCAGGCUGCUCCUCCGUCCCCAACGCAGCGGCAUUCCAUGCUUGGUCGGAUCACAAAACCGAGCAGCAGGCCGCCGAAGCGCAGAGUCAUUCUCAUGCGCACGCAACAGCAGCAGCACCAUGGCAGCGUCAGCGAGCCGCCGCCGUGCAGCCCGCCAAAACGUCCAAGAGUGAUCAUCGUGCGCGGGCAGGGAACAGCAACAGCAGCGGCGGCGGCGGUGGUGGCGAGCGCACGCAAUCACGCAGAGACGGAGGUACCGGCCAAGUUUACCGCCGUUGCGGUCGAGUGGCGAAAGGUAUCCGUGGGCAAGACAGCAUACACCGAGGCUGCUGUUGUGGUGAGUGCCGGGCGAGUAAACCCUGGGAAUCCAAGGGAGGAUGCGUCACAACCGAGUGUCAUGACACGCAGUGGGCGCAUCUCACGGCCACCGGCGAGAUUUGUGCCGUAG